AUUUUGAAAAAAAAGGGGAAAAAAAAGAGCAAAGGAGGGGGAGGAAACAUACCUUGUCGUGACGUGAAAAAUAGGGUACCUACGGUAGACCGGCUGCAACUUGGAAACCAAAAUAACAUCGAAAACAACUGAACGAUGAAAGCUUACUCUCUGUUGAUUGUCGUGCUAGUUUGCUGUGCUUCCUGGUCCACGGUAGAUGCUGUCAACAAGUCCAAGUUGCCUGCGUGGCACAUACGAUUCGCCCGCCAACAAGGACCCAACGCCUGUGUGGUAGAAGAAGUGCCUGGAACCAAAUGGAAAAUCUGGACCGAGUGUAAAUACUAUCUGCCCCGCAAGAUCUGUGGCCAGAAAACAGUACUUCGAUUUGAGUGUUGCGAAGGAUUCCAUCGCGUUCCCGGACAGGACGGUUGCGCAGGAGUGAAGCCAUUGAAGAACAUCUUGGAAACAGCACGUGAGUUGGGCGCUACAGAUUUCGUUCGCUAUGUCGAGGAAUCCGGUCUACAAAAAGAAUGGGCCCGCGAAGGGGCAUUUACGUUGUUCGCUCCGACGAACGAAGCCUUUGCUAAUAUCCCGCGUGAAUUGCGCGCUCGCGUUGACUCGUUCCGCGGGAACAUCGAAAACCCGAUCCUGCGUUACCACGUUUCCGAUCGCAAAGUUACGUCCGAUACUUUCCAAGCUGAUCUGACCAUCCCGACUCUGUACAAUGGCAAUCGUCUACGUAUCAACAAAUAUUCCAGCGGGAUGCUGACUGUCAACUGCCGCACGAUCGUGCGAAAGGAUCAGGAAGCCACAAACGGUGUCGUUCACAUGAUCGACAGUCUACUUGAUCCCGGUGCGGUUAUGAGUCGAGAUGUUUCGGAAAUUGUAUCUUCGGAUGGACGAUUUUCAGUGCUAGCCAAAGCUAUGGAAGAGUCAGCUUUCUUCAACAAACUGCGCGCGGCCGGCAAUGCGGCCAUCACCAUCCUGGCACCUUCGGAUGAGGCCUUCCAAAAAAUCCCAGCUUCUCGUCUCGAUGCUAUUUUGAAGGAUAAAGAAGCUCGACUUGCUCUGUUGCAGAACCACGUUUUGGUGCAUCCCCUGUGCGCUCCGGCCAUCAUCGACGAUCACAGUAUGCGGACGUUUGCUGGUAAUCGUCUGCGUUUAGAGUGUGAUGCACAGGGUGUCAGCGUAGAAGGAUCCCGUUUGCGCAAUGACUUUGUUCUCGGAUCCAACGGACUCGUUCACAUGAUGGACGAUGUUCUUCUACCCAAUCGAGCUAAAAAUCUUCUUGAACUGGCUGAAUCUGAGAGGCUCACCACUUUCAUGGAACUGGUCAAAAUCGGUGGAGUGGAAGAAGCUUUCUCCAAAUUCGGUGCCUACACCAUCUUCAUCCCGUCCGAAGCGGCUUUUUACUCGCUACCAGAAGAAGUUUUGCAAGAUAUGCGUUCGAGCCAAGAGAAAGCCCAGGCGGCCAUCCUCUACCACGCUACGCAGGGCAGGUUGCUCACCAACAAAAUCAAAGACAGCGAGAUCGUCAUGUCUCUGGACGAAGAAAACCCUCUGCGCUUGAGCGUUUACCGCAAAGCAAUUGGAGUCGAAUGCGCCGUCGUUGAGAAAGCCGAUAUGGAAGGCCAGAAUGGUGUUAUUCACAUCAUCAAUCGUGUCAUGAUUCCAGCCAACAUUUCAGCCGGCGAUUUGCUACGACGCGAGGGCAACUUCAAGACAUUCCUCCAAGCCAUGGAAUUGGUGAUGACGGGCAGCGACGCCCUCGAUCUAUCCGCCGGUGGCAUAUCGUCCACGUUUUUCGUGCCGACAGAUGCUGCGUUUGAAGAAUUGGGUGCGACAGUGAUCGAGGACGCUCUAAAGAAUCGCUCCUUUUUGAAAACGAUCGUGGCUAAUCACGUCGUCCCGGGACUGUUCAAUUCCGACUCCUUCAAAACCAAUCUGAUCUACAAGUUGCCUUCGAUGCUUGGAACGCUGGAUGUCCGUCGAAUUGAAAACAUCCUCAAAGUAAGGGAAGCAUCAGUCAUCAAAACUGAUUUGAUGAACACCAAUGGCGUCAUCCACGUCAUCGAUAAAGUGUUGAUGCCAGAAAUGGACGAGCCGGCUGAACCCCUCGUGCAAAUUCGUGGAGAUGGAGCUAAUUUUUAAGGAAACCUUUUUUUGUUUUUUUUUUUGUUUGUUUCAAAAGAAUCUUCUUCUAAUUUUCCUGCUCGUUACACUCUACGCGCGUUUGAAAUUCUCGCGCUUUUUCGUUCAUCCCCCUCCGCCUAUAAUCUCUCGAAUCCACUAAUGGUAUACCUCUAUUCCCGCCGUAUACUUGUUUCAAAGGUGGAAAGCAUUUACACCCUCCUACAGGACACGCUUGAAUGUUAGCCUUUCACUUUUAUCAACUGAUCGUUUCUCUAACCAUCUUCUGUGCCUGCAAAUAUCUUUAUUUUUAUUUGUCCCCACUGUUAGUUUGGCCAUUGGCUCUUUAGCCGGCGUUUAAAGGAAACAUGUACACCUUAUAUCCGAAUGGUCAUCAACGUCUUAUCUAAAACCAGAUUAUUCAUAGUUUUAUUAAGGAAGUGGCUUGGAAAAAAAAAAUUCAUGUAGCUAAUCCACUCAUACGGUUGCCCCAGUGUUCAAACGCUUUUUCGUUUUCUUUUUCAACUACUCGUUUUGAGAUCAUUUGAUGUCCUGGUUCCAUAUGGUCAACUGGACGUCAUUCAGCUUCAACAUUUGAUUUUUAUCAUGCAAUUCGAAUACGUAUAUUACCUAACAUAGGGCAAUUAAACCAUAAAUACUCAGACGAAUCUUUUUUGGUUUUUGCAUUUUAGCUUUCUGUGGUUCUCUCUAAUUGUAUGCACAUCCACUUGAAAUCAAAACAUAAAGUCGAUGGCAAAUGGUUCAAAUAAAAAUGAAGCCAUCCCAAGCCACAAUAUUCAAGUUUCCCCCUCUUUUAACAAGUUGAAUAUUAAAAAACAAAACAAAAUCUAACUUUUCCCCCAACCUUCUUUCUAUCUGGAAAUGUAAGACCCAUUUGGUUGUGUAACCCACUUUGUUUAAAAGUCUGUAAAGCUUUUUAAAAAUG